CACGAAUCGGACAUCGCUACAAGACAGAUACGGGGGUGUUUUGACGUGCGGAUGCGGCUCGGGCAAGCUGCGGUGGAUGUGAUUGAGCUCCACGAUUCUCCCCUCUCGGGGCCAGAGUUCACACCAUCCAAGGGGAACGCGAAUAGAGUGAUGUCACACCGUCUACCAGGGGGUGGCCGUCCCCUGCCGGAGUCACACAGCCUCUGACGCCCAUGGGACGGACGCCCCCGUAUCCAAGAUACUGAGUGCGUGUGUGUGUGUAGCCGAAGCCGAGUGCAAUGGGCAGUCUGGGAGAGGGAGUGGACCCGGGCAUGGUGAGCGAAGCUCUACUGGAGGCCCUUUGCUCUGAAUGUGGACAGAUUCACCGCGCCUGGGAGAACCACCUUUAUAACUAUCGUUUGGAAGUGGACGAUGAUUUGGUGUGCCACAUCUGCCUUCAGCCGUUAGUUCAGCCCUUGGAUACACCAUGUGGCCACACCUUCUGUGCCCGCUGCCUGCGCAGCUUCCUGCAGGAACGGGACUUUUGUCCGCUGGACCGUGCGCAUCUACAGCUGCAGGUCUGCCGGCGCUCCAGCAUUCUGGUGCACAAGCUGCUGGAUAAGUUGUCGGUCACCUGUCCUCUCACGCCCUCCUGUUCUCUCAGCAUGCCACGCUGUGACCUGGAGGCACAUCUCAAACACAGGUGUCCUGGGACACAGAGUCAGCGAACAAAGCUGGAUCGGACGCGGAUGGAGGGAGGCGAAGACAGGGUCAUGGCGACCAAUCCCCCCAAAUCCCCCCAGACUGAGACGAAGGAGAGUACACCAUCACCACCUGCUGGAUCCAACGCAUGCAACAAUGUUCCUACAUGGACAGAAGAGCCCGGCGUAGACAACCCCGCCUUCGAAGAAAGCACGGAAGAAGACAGUGUCCAUGGUCUUGAGUGUGCUCUUCCACGUGUGAAGCGUCCUCUCAGCAACCCGUGCAUCCAUCUUCUCCGUACUGGUAGUUCAGCCUCUUCGGGAUGGGACUUUGUUGAAACAUUGCCUCUUUCUGCUGAAGAAGGUUGUGUGAAACUUCCGUCUCUACCUGAGGGAGAAAUCACAACUAUUGAGGUUCAUCGUGCAAACCCCUACACAGAGCUGGGCAUAAGUAUUGUUGGUGGAAACGAGACCCCCCUGAUAAAUGUGGUAAUACAGGAGGUGUACCGUGAUGGUGUUAUAGCCCGAGACGGAAGGCUGCUGGCUGGAGACCAAAUACUUCAGGUGAACAACGUAGACAUCAGUAAUGUGCCCCAUAACUUCGCUCGCUCUACACUGGCACGUCCCUGCGCCACUCUGCAGUUGACGGUUUUGAGAGAACGCCGCUGUUCUGCCAGGCCACCUGUGGCAACUGCUACGCCCAAGGGCAGCCCUGCCAGCAUACGCAUCACCUUGCACAAGCGGGAAUCAUCAGAGCAGCUGGGGAUCAAGCUGGUGCGGCGUACAGAUGAAGCGGGUGUGUUUAUCCUGGACUUGCUGGAGGGAGGGUUAGCAGCUAAAGAUGGACGACUUUGCAGCAACGACAGAGUGCUGGCCGUCAACGAGCAUGACCUGAGACACGGCACGCCUGAGCAGGCAGCUCAGAUUAUACAGGCUAGUGGAGAAAGAGUCAAUCUGAUGAUUAGCCGGUCCAGCAAGCAGACUAUGGCCGUGCACACAGGCUCCACCUUGACCAGGGACAUUUGGAGCCAUGAACACAUCCCGCCGCUUCCCUGCACUGCGACCCCAAGCCCUGUCCCAAGUCUGCACCUUGCCAGGUCUUCCACCCAGAGAGACCUCUCCCAGUGUGUGACCUGUAAGGAGAAACACAUCACUGUGAAGAAGGAACCUCACGAGUCUCUGGGUAUGACUGUGGCAGGGGGACGGGGCAGCAAGAGUGGAGAGCUGCCGAUCUUUGUGACGAGCGUCCAGCCCCAUGGCUGCCUGUCACGUGAUGGACGAAUCAAACGUGGGGAUGUACUGUUGAGUAUUAAUGGUCAGGAUUUGACCUACCUGAGCCACAGCGAGGCAGUUGGCACUCUAAAGUCCAGCGCUGCGUCCUGCUCUGUCCAACUGAAGGCACUAGAGGUUAACACAGUUGAAGAACCAGGCCUGGAUGAAGAGCUUCUCCCUCCGCACGAAAACGACUACGACGCAAGCUGGUCGCCAUCAUGGGUGAUGUGGCUUGGACUUCCCAGCUACCUGCAUAGCAGUCAUGAGAUUGUCCUCCGCAGAAGUCACCCUGGCAGCUGGGGUUUCAGCAUUGUUGGAGGUUAUGAGGAGAACCACAGCAACCAGGCGUUUUUUAUCAAGACUAUCGUCCUUGGAACACCCGCUUACUACGAUGGCCGUCUAAAGUGUGGCGACAUGAUAGUGGCGGUAAACUGUCUGUCCACGGCUGGCAUGAGUCAUUCCGCCCUGGUGCCCAUGCUGAAGGAGCAGCGGAGCAGAGUGGCGCUUACCGUCGUGUCAUGGCCAGGAAGUCUGAUCUAACCCCACCAGGGCACCAUGCCUCACCUCAGACAGCGCUCAUAUCUGUGUUCUAAUGGUCCUAUGUGUUCUACUCUCUGCCACGGAGGCACCAUACUGUCAAAGCCAGAGUCUCGGAAAAUUGAAUGCUUUUACUGUACUUGAUGCUGAAUAAACUAGGCCUUAGAAAACCUGCCACGCCCAUGAGGCCACCACCCUCUGGAGAGCAGCCUUAAGGUCUCCCCUCACCAUGCCGAUCAGCAGUCCACUCUACCGGAGGUUUUAUAUACAUGUUAUCUCUAAAUGUGAUCUACGUUUGUGAAUGUUUGUGUAAAAGAGAGAGACCGAACAAAAGUGUAUGUGUGCAAGUAUGAAUGGAUGAAUGUACACAGCUGUUUAAUAAAUCUUUCCCAGUGAGGAUAUGAGAGUUAAGCCUCA